GGCCCUUUUGAAGAGUUAGCUCCCCCUCCCAUGGCCCCACCUACUGAGUCAGCGUGGGAACGAGGCCUGAGACAUGCAAAGGAGAUGGUCAAGAAAGCUAGUCAAAGGAAGGAAACGGAUGCAAACUUUGAGGAGAAGAAAAUGAAUUUAUCAAUUGAGGAAGAUAGGGAAUUCAACAAAGAAAAUGACAGACUGAAGUUUGACAAGGGACCAAAAGAUCCCUACUAUGAUCAGGUGUACGAUGAUGAGUAUUAUGAUAAACCAUACCAACACCAACGUCAGCACCAUAACUGGCAGUCUGGUCAGUAUGAAAACUUUGAGGUCCGCUGGACACGGGAACCAGAAUGGGUACCACCAGCCAUGCCCCCACAGCAUCACCAUCGCCCACCUCCGGACCCCUAUGUACGGGAAAGAGACAAGUAUUCACCAAGACACCUAUCUCCACCUCCUCAACACCACAUAGAAAGGUUUGAACGUCAGCGUGAUAAUCGACGACGAGAGUGGGAAGGUGAGCGGCCAGAACAGCCGAUUCAGCACCAUCAGCCCCGACCACGACCAGCAGACUCUUGGCAUGACCCAUGGAGAAGAUCCAAGUCUCCGAAGAGGAAACCGAGAACAUCUCGAAGUCAUUCCCGUGGAAGACGGAGAGCCCGUCGUUCACAUAGCUAUUCUUCUUCAUUCUCAUCUAGUUCAUUUUCAGGUUCGUCACGAUCACGGUCACGAUCUUCAUCAUACAGUUCUUAUAGUAGUCACUCAUCAGCGAGCAGGUCUUCCUCCCCUGGCUCCAGAUCAUCAAAAUCUAAGUCCCCUGCUAAAGGUCCAGUAAAACGGCCACAGGGCGGUCCUGUCGACAGGAAAGUCUCUGGUCCUGGAGACAGAGCAAAUGACCAGCCUCGCAGUGCUGUAGCUGUGAAGGGUAAACCUCAUGGGAGUCCAGAUAAACGAAGACGUGGAAUGUACCAUGGACCUGGGUCUGCCCCAGGCCCUGGAGGUCCGCCCAAACAACGAGGGGGCCCUGGAGGUGCCCCUCCAAGACACAUGCCUACCAGCACCCAUCCAGGCCGGCCCCCGCAACGUGGACCACCCCCCUCCCAGCGAGGGGGCCCUCGACGCCCUAUGCAAAAACCACCACCUCGUCGCCAUGGUAGCGCCAGUUCUAGUGGCAGUAGUUUGUCACGGUCCCGAAGCCGAUCAUCCUCAUCGUCACGGUCGUCCAGCAAUAGUAGUGUAUCCUCAUUCAGUAGCCACACCUCGAGCAGUUCGAGUGGCAGUGCCGAUUCGGAGCAUCUGUACCGUGGUGUGGGUGACAGUCCAUCCCCACUCAAACAACGCAAACCUGCAGCUGCUAAGCCAAAGAAAAGAGGCCCCCCUCCUCAACUCAGGGAGAAAGGCAUCCCCCCAGCUGCAAUGAAGGGGGAUCCCAGAGGAGGAAAAGCUACAGGCCGCCCCGACAGCAAAAUGGACACCUCCAAUCGACAGGCAGUGUCUGCCCAAAACAAGCCCAAGGACCCCCUCAAACUGGCUGGACAGAAACCCAACAUAAAACUUACACUCUUGAACAAGGCUCCCGGAGAAAAAGGACAGACGGGCAAAAAACGACCUGCUGAUCAACCCCAGGUGGCCCCGCCCUCCAAGAGGAUGGCUCAUGGUCCAGUUACAACUCUGAAGGCUCCAGACAAAGUCAUCAAGAAGCCAGACAAGGUUGUACGUCCUACUCCUGUCAUGAAGCCCAAGCCCGCGGCUGCAGCCCCUGUGAAGGCACCAGUUCGUCCCCCUAUCUCACCAACUAAGGCCCCGCCUAAACCUAGUCUGGCAGCCGCAGCUGCUGCGGCCUCAGCCCUCAGCCAGAAAGAAAAGAAGAGUACUUCAUCACGGCGAGAGGAGCUCCUGAAACAACUCAAAGCAGUUGAGGAUGCCAUUGCUCGUAAACGGUCCAAAAUGUCAUGAUAAGAUCCAAUUAGCCUUAUUUAUCACAGAGUGACAUCAAUGGUUAAAGUUAGAAAGAUGGUUUCCAUGAUCUCAGAGGAUGAUAAAUCAAGGCACUCGGCCAUCUUCCGACUCCAGAUAUCCCUACAAACAUGGCUACCCAUAUGAACAUGGCCAACAAUGUGGGGAUAUGGUGUGAUAUCAGGACAUUGAGAACCGUGGGAAAAGUCUAGCUAAAUACCCAUAUAAACAUGACCGAAACCGUGAGAAAAGCCUAGCUAAAUACCCAUAUAAACAUGGCCGAAACCGUGAGAAAAGCCUAGCUAAAUACCCAUAUAAACAUGGCCGAAACUGUGGGGAUAUGGUGUGAUAUCAGGACAUUGAGAAUUGAGGGAAAAGCCCAGCUCCAGAUAUCCCUUCAGACAUGGCCCACACUGUGGAGAUAUGGUGUGAUAUCAGGACUGUGGAUAUGAUGUGAUAUCAGGACAUUGAGAAUUGAGGGAAAAAUCUAGCUCCAGAUAUCCCUUACAAACAUGGCCCACACUGUGGGUUGAUAUGGUCACAAACGGCUGCAAGAACUACCAGAUACAUACCAGUAUUUUUUUGAGAAUUGACAGUCACUAGUUGAAUACCUAUGUCAUAUUUUUACCAGCAGUUACUCGGAGAAACCACAGGAUAUUGAUCUGUUUUAAAUGUGACAGAUAAAUACUGGAGACAUAUCCAUUUGAGAUGUGACAUGUGAGAUGUGGCAUGCAUCAUGUUACUAGUUUUUAUUCCAAUAUUUGAUCCCUUGAAUGUGAUAGGCAAUACAGAAGUCGCUUUAUAGUCUCACAGCAGAUGGACUUGUGUUGUCUGUUGUCUGUGUCAAAGGGACUUUUUUUUGUCAGAUGAACUGGUGGGUGUCAGAUGGACAAAUGGUGUCCGUGUCUGAUUAUAUGUGUCAGGUGGACCUGUCUGAUUGACAGGCACAUUGUCUGUGUCAGAUAGUCACAUUGUCCAUAUCAGAUGGACUCACAAUGUCUAUGUCGGAUGAAAUCAUGUUAUCCAUGUCAAAUGGAUUCCCGUUGUCCAUGUCAGAUGGAAUCAUGGUAUCCAUGUCAAAUGGACACACAUUGUGUCGGAUGGAAUCAUGUUGUCCAUUGUGAAAUGGAUUCCUGUUGUCCAUUGUCAAAUGGACACACAUUAUACAUGUUUGAUGGAAUCAUGUUGUCCAUGUCAAACGGACACACAUUGUACAUGUUUGAUGGGGACUCAUGGUAUCUGUGACGAUAUGUGUCAAAUUGACUUCCAUUGUCCCAUGUCAGAUGGAGUCAAAUUGUCCGUGUCAGCUGAACUCAUGGUAGCUGUCUGAUGUUACGUAUUUUUUCCCGAUGGACUCUUGUCUGUGUCAAAUGGACUUGCAUUGUCCAUGUCAGAUGGACUGGUUGAGUCUUUUAACAUUGAAUCAUGUUGUCCGUGACAGAUUGCAGUGCGUUACCAUCGGUACUACCUGUAUAUAAAGAGAUCCGAACCUUACCUUUUAUUUUGUAAUAAAUCAUGUGGAUAGCAUCUCUAAAUCUUUUCUAGACAUCUGUAGAUAUGAACAUGAUAUUUUCUACUUAUACAUAUGUACAUAAACUUUUACAAUUGUGACCCUAUCAGAUCUUGUGUGAGAGGUACAGAAUAUAGCAGAGCUAAAAAAAGAAGUAUGAAAUAUGGAAUGUGCGAAUGUGUGUGUUUUGUGAUCAUGUGUGCAAGAAAAUGUUUGAAUGAACAGAUGUUUGUAAUAAAUUAAAAAUGAGAUCAUUUGC